AUGUUAAAUCUUUUUAAAUAUAAUAUUAGUAAACUUAGUAAUAAUAGUAGUAAAAGUUUAUCUUUAAUUGGAAAUUUUAAUAAUGUUACUAGUCCUUACAGUUUUAUAAAACAACAAUCUUUUAAUACAACAACAACAACAACAUUGUUGUUUGCUAAUAAUAAUAAUAAAUGUUUCAAUGAUAAUGUAGAUUUCAAGUUCUACACAAAGGCAAAUCAUAAAUAUACUAGAAGAGCAUCGUAUACACAUCAACAAGAUAUAAAGUCACUGAAGAAGAGAGAGGAGAAGAAGGAAGCUUCACAACAACAUAGAGAACCAACAGAGUUCCCACACAAUAAGAAGGCACAUGAACACACCAAGCCAUUAUCACAUCAGGAUAAACUUGAUCUAAAGAAGAAGUUGAAGGCACGUCGUAAGAAGGAGAUCAAGGAUGACAAUGCUGAGCGUGUCAAGCAUAUCAUGGAGGCGGAAGAUGAAUCUGCACAGGAAAUCAAGUCUGCAUCAUCGACCUCAUCACACAGAAAUGCAUCGACCUCGUCACUAUUGAAUGCUGCAGCCAGUUCUGUUUCCAUAGAGAAGGGUGAAGAAGUAUUGGCAGCACUCUCAAACAGCAAUCAAAGACGUGUAAAUAACAUUCAAUUGGAAGACGAUGACGAAGAUGAUCAACAUCAUCAAGAGGAUAUUGAUGAUGACAAUGAAGAAGAUUUAAUCUAUCAAGAUGAAGAUGAAGAGUUUGAAGAGGAUGAAGAUAAUGAAGAUAAUGAAUUGGAUGAGAUCGAUGAAGAUGAAGAUGAAGAUGACGAAGAAGGCGAUUAUCGUGAUCAAUAUGAAGAUGACGAUGCAGAUUUGGAGGAGUAUGAAGAUGAUGGUGAGCCAGAGUUUGAUUUGGAUUCGAUCGAUCCCUCAAAGAUCAUCGAGGUCGAUGCAGAGAUGUUGAAAGAUCUACCGGUCGAUGAUGACGGUCAAAUCGUUCUACCAAACUUUAUUUCAUUCGAAGAUGCCAAAUCAAAGUAUGGUUUCACAGAGAGAGAGUUGAAAGAUAGUGCAUUCUCCUAUGCCGCUGCAGAAGCCGCCAGACAAAUGGAAGCGGAGAAAGCACAAGGCGAAGACAAGAAAGGUGCACCAAAGAAAUCAAAGAAAUCAACUAAACAAUUGGAGAGAGAAGCAAAGACUGCUGCUCAAUUGCCAAAGGUGGAAGAGGUAGAAGAGGAGGAGGAGGAGGUCGAAGACUCUGAGACCACAAGAAAGAAGCAACAGAAACUCGACAAAUCAUUGAGAAAACAAGUGUCUCAAGUCAAAGAAUCAAAGAAAGAGGAAUUCGAGAAUAUCGAUCAUUUCAUUCGUGACAAACAUCUUCAGAAGCUACAAUCGGCACGUGGAGGUCAAAUCGGAAUGCAACCAAUCGUCAAAGGUCCACCAAAGGUAGCCGAGAUUAUGGAGGUGUUGGCCGAAACCAAACUAGAGGAUUUCUGUGUCAUCGAUGUAUCGGACAAAUGCAAGUGGACUAAAUAUAUGAUUGUUGCAAGCUCAGAUUCAAACAGAGUCAUAUUAAAUGCUGAAGAAGAUUUAUUAGAAAAGUUCCAAAAUAGAUUAUCAAAAGGACAUCAACCAAGAAAUCCAACUGAUGACUCUGAUGUUUGGAGAGUUUUGGAUCUUGAAGAGUGUUUGGUUCAUUUGUUUGAAACAUCAACUAGAGAAUAUUAUGAUUUGGAAACACUAUGGGUAACCAGAAGACCAGCCGGUAGUGAAGAACAAAGUUGGGAUGAUGAAAAGACAGACAUGAUCGCUGAAAGACAUUCAAAUCCAAAGAAUGACUAA